CAAAUUUCAUACCUCCACAAGAUAAUUUUUUUUAUUUUUGAAAAUUUGAAGACAUUGUAUCUGCAUUCAUUUCAUUAUGGACAAAAGGAAAUAUAAUCAAGAGGCCAAUUCACAAAAUGUUUGCAAAAAGUCGAAAACAGAUAGUUUUAAAGAUGGAUUAUUCACCGAUGAUCACAUGCCAGAUGAGGUAUUCCCGAUCGGCAACGAUGUCUUUGUAAAUGCUACAACAUAUCGUAGAUUCGUUACAGUACACUUGCGGCAAUACAAAAAAUAUGGUAAAGUAUACUACCCAUCGAGUGAAGAAAUAACUCUAAGACCGUGGUGGAUACAAUAUAUCAUAGGACUCAAAAAAGUUCCUGAAACAAAAAGUGAGUUAGCUAUUGCACCUUACGUCUGAGAAAAGGAAAUCCGAAUCACAAGUGAGAACUUUUCUGAUUUUUGUUUUGAACGCAUAUACGAAGCUGAUAAAAUGCCCAGUUCAAAGCGAAUAACUAUCACUAAGGAACAAUGGCAAGAGAUGCUAAACAAAUACAUUGAUAUUUCAGGCAUAGUUUUGGAUUUUAUAUUUAAGAACAUGAACUUUUUAGAUGCUUUUAAAAAUGUUUGUGAAUCUCCUAUUGAUAAAGCUUUACCAAGCUCUUUGGAUACUAGUCUUGGUGAACAGUACUUGGAAAAUUUUUUAAAAAGAUCUAUAUGUGAUAUUUCUAUUGACAAUGGUAUGAAAGAGCCCCGUAGACUUGCUGAGGAACAAUUUGGUAACCGUGAUGAAACUUUCAAUUCUUAUGCUUUUCCUCUGGAAGCAAUGGAAUUGGCUGAACGAUUUUAUUCUAACCUAUUUGAUAGACAAAAGUUUUUAUUAUUACCACCUCUUAGUUAUGCUACUGAGGAAUUUUUUGAAAAUUUACAUUUACAUUUUGUAUUAAGAUCGGCCAGAGAAUUCAUGUGUCCUUCUGAUACUUUUGAAUAUUUUAAAGAUUUUGAUUAGCUGUCACUUGUUAAUCGAGCAUUACUUAUCUUUGAAUAAAUAGUUUAUUCCUAUUGUU